AUGGACUACGCCAGAGUUCCUGAUGGUCUAGAAUGCUAUUAUAUCUGUCAAGGCACGAAAAGGUUCUACAGCAACUUUAACCUCUCGGUAGAGCUCAAUCGAAAGACAGAUGCGAUACAAUUGUCAAAUGCCCUCAGGGCUAUGGUUUUAAAGACUCCUUAUCUUUCGUCUAAUGUUUUUAGAAACGGCAAUUUUAAUGAUAAGAAGUGCAAUGGGUCAAACUUCAAAAUCAACUACCUCAAAAAAAUUGAAUUUGAAUCGGCAGUCUCCUUUGAAAAGUUUGAAGAAGUAGACAGCGACUUUUUUACGCUGCUUGAUGAAAGAGUCUGUCCAAUUGGUGAACAUCUCCCAUUGUGGCAGUUGGUGGUAUUUGAGAACCCUGACACUCAGGUUCUUAGUUUUUAUUGUGACCACACUUUCUUUGAUGGAACUAGUGGUGUUCUAUUUAUGAAGGACUUGGUGAAAGAAUUGAACGAGUGCUGGAAAUCACCCAAUCUUUCUUAUCAGCCAGUUUUAUUUGACUACGAAAAAGAUGCCCCCAGCUUGGGUAAGAUUCCUCGUGGUCCAUUUUCCGGUCUGUGGUUGUACAAGGUUUCCAUUUUCAAAGUCAUUCGAAUUGGUCUUGAUGAGUUCUGCGUGCCUCCUUUUGCAAAAAAGUUUUUUCGAACUUACAUUAAAGGUGGGCCAAAUAUGUACCGAAACCCUGUGUUUGUAUCUGGAUGUCGGAGCAAACCAGACCCCAAAACCUUUAUACGAGCAGUUUCUUUGACGAAGGAUUUGGCUGGGCCACUUCUCAAACUUUGCAAAGCCAACAAAGUGACAUUCACUCCUCUUUUGACCAUCUUGACAUUGUACUCGUUCCAGCAAACAGUGAAGAAGAAAUUGUCCAUGAUGAACACUUCGUCGAAUAUUUGCAUCGAUAUUAAUGGAAGAAGGUACCUACCAGAAUGUGCGAAUAGGUAUGGUCUUUUUAUGUCCACAUCUAUGAGUUUAGUGGCCCCGAUUCCAUCUCCUGAUAAGUGGUUUGACAAGAAGUCACCGCUUAGAAAGACCGAUGAAACACUUCUGAAAGAUCUCGCUUCCAGAUUCCCUUUCAGGUUUGUAGGUGUAUUGAAGUACAUCAACCCAUGGUUUUUGGCAGAUAAGCAGCUAGGGCUGACUGAGUGGAAGACUUUGGACUGUUCCAAUGUUGGCGUUCAGGACAUUUCUUGUGGAGAUUGGUAUGCUACUUCUGCUUGGUUUUGUCAAUCAACGGGAAAUGCGGUGAACAUGGGUCUCUCAUGUAUAUGUGUUGAGGGUGUUAUAAACAUCUGCUUUGGAUUUGCGGCUCCUUUGGUAGACUUAGUUGGAGAAGAAACCGUCGAUGAAUUUGAGGCACAUUUUUUGAGGACAGUUGAGGAUUUAAUAGGAUAA